AUGGAGCGGACGCGGCAUCGGCCGUCUCGUUCUGUGACCCAUGCCCAGAGGGUUGAGGUCGCGGCCGCGCCUCGGCGCUCGGCGCUGCGCGGGGCGCGUCGCGAGGACGACAUCGACGUCGAGCGUGAGGCACGCGACAGCCGAGCGUCGCGCCAAGCGCCCCCGCGCUCGCGCACGCUUGCAAGCUUAGCGCCCAAAGCAAAGGCGAAGGCGGCUCUCAGAACCAACGUGAAGGGGAAGGUGCAGCCGAAAGUGGUGCCACAAGCAGCACCACAGCCAGAGAUGAAACCCAAGCAAGAGGAUUGGGGUCCUUGGCUUUCAUCCAAUCGCAAGAGCUGCGUGCGCGCCAUGUCCAAGAAGCUUCUCCCAGGUCGCAAGCGGGAGGCUGACAUUGCGACUCCCAAGGCCAAGGCCAAGGCCAAAGCAAAGGCCAAGGCCAAAGCAAAGGCCAAGGCGAAGGCAGUGGCCCCGGCACCGGUGGAACCCGUACCGACACCGGACACGGACGAGACACCGGUCAAGAAGGCUCGGUGGUGGGCGCUUCCCGACGUCACCCUGGAGUCCGAGAAGCAUGAGGUUAGGAUCGAGGCGGGGCACGCAGAGAACGCAGAGAACGCAGAGAAUCCGGAGAAGGAGAUGGCGGAGAAGGAGAAGGCCGAGAAGGCCGAGAAGGCGCAGAAGGCGGAGAAGGUGGACAAGGUGGAGAAGGAGCUCUCGACGGGGGAAUCAGAGCACGUGCGGUCUGAGGCACGGGUUCUUCUCUGCGGGGAUUUGGAUGGCGACCUUAACCUGCUCCAGAGGCUCUUGCAAGACUUGAAGGACAACGGCACUGACAUUGAUCUCGUCUUUUGCGUUGGCCGCUUCGUGCCUUCAAGCAUCGAGGUGCCGCGCGAGGAUUUCCUGCGUUCUUGCCAAGAAUUGCAGCUGCCAGCCCCAGUCUUCUUCGUCGAUGUGUCGUGUGAGGAUCUCAUCGCCACAUCUCAGACGAGGGAUGAUUGCAUCCCUCUGGGCCCUCACAUCUUCUUCCUCGGGGCCUACGGGAUCCGGGACAUCGAGGUUUCAGUGCUGAGUUUUCUUCUCGGGAAGAUCCCAGCUUUCCAGGGAUUGAAGGUUGCCUUCCUCUCUGGCAAGCACCGCCCGGAGAGCUACAGGAACCGGAAUCCGGCCCUUUCUUGGAGCCUGACGGUCGUGGCGCUUUGGCUGAAGCGCACAGAGCGUGGAAGUUUUGAGCAGAGCGACUGA